AUGGCCGACCACGGGAAUGAAAAGAGGCCAGACUCUGGAGUUGAGCCCGCCUCGUCUCAAACAGCUACUCUUCCCGUUACAGGCGAGGAAAAGAACAUCAUCUCAGAGGCUUCAAACAGAGAUGAGAAGACACUUUCCGAUUUCGGCGCCGAUAAUCGGACUCCUAAUGAUAACAAUGCCCUAGAUGAAGGAGAAGGUGAUGCUGAAUCAGUGGAUUCAAAAGAUGAGUUGAAGUUGUCUAAAGGUCGUUGCAUAGCUCUUGUCUGUACCGUCACUGGAGCCUCUUUUCUCAACACCCUUUCUAGUCAAAGCGUGGUCAUUAUUCUCCCCCAAAUUGGUCGAGCUCUCGAUGUUCCUGACACGAGACUACAAUGGGUCGUCUCAUCCUAUGUCUUGACCUUUGGUUGUUUUUUGUUGCUUUGGGGACGUAUAGCGGAUAUCUACGGAAAGAGACUGAUCUUCAUUCUGGGAUCUUUUUGGGUCACGAUUUGUUGUAUCGUCAAUGCUUUUAUCCCUACUGAGAUUGCUUUUGACCUCUUUCGUGGACUUCAUGGACUGGGUGCCGCCGCCAAUGUACCAACUGCAAUUGGUAUUCUUGGAACUACAUUCCCUCCUGGAAAGGCAAAGAACUAUGCCUUUAGUGCAUAUGCUGCCGGUGCCCCUCUAGGCAGUGUCUGUGGUAAUUUGGUCUCUGGUCUUAUCGCUCAAUGGGCCAGCUGGAAAUGGGUCUUUGGUGCUCUCGCCAUAAUGGCGGGCAUGAUCGCCGUCGCUGGUGUCUUUUGUAUCCCGCCUUCGCCACCAGAGCUCCGACCCGAGCAUACCAGUCUCCGGGCUAAGACGGCGGCCGUUGACUGGAUCGGCGCUACUCUUAUAACAUGCGGCCUCUUGGCUCUCACCUUUGCUCUCACAGAGGGAAACGUUGUUGGCUGGACUGCCCCUUGGAUUCCUGUACUCAUUGUCGUCUCGCUAGGUAUCAUCGUCGCCUUCUUCUUCUGGCAACGGUAUCUUGAGCAACAGACGAAUCGACCUCCCCUCGUCAAGGUGUCUAUUUUUAACAACUGGCGCUUCACAGCUGUUAUGAUCAUCAUGGGCUUGUUCUUUGGCGGUUUCAACAACUACCUCAUCUAUGCUACCUACUACUUCCAGGACUACCAAGGCCUGUCACCUCUGCAGACGAUGUUGCGAUUCAUCCCUACUGGAGUGAGUGGCUUCAUUGUCGCCUUUUGCACGGCCUAUCUUCUUUCACGCAUCCCGACUUUCUUCAUCCUCGCCUUCGGCCAUGUCGCCGUCUGUAUCGCUGCUCUUCUCUACGCUGUGCCUAUCCCCCCAACUACGUCGUACUUUGCUUGGGGCAUGUGGGCUAUGAUUCUAUCUGUCGUCGGUGCUGAUACAGCAUGGCCUUGUCUCACCCUCUUCACUUCCCAUGCACUCCCCAGGGAGGAUCAAGCUGUUGGCGGUGCUCUCAUCAACUCAUCCGGUAUGAUAGGUCGUGCCAUUUCUCUGGCUGUUGCUACAGCUAUUCAAUCGUCGGUCAUGGCGAAGGCGAGAGGAGUUGAUGUGCAGCAUGUCGGGUCGGUUGAGGAGUGGGAUGCUCCAUCUCUCAAAGGUCUUCGGGCAGGAGCUUGGACAAAUUUUGGUAUUCUCUUCAUGGCUCUUGCACUGGUUGUGUAUACUUUUAGAAGUAUGGAAAUAAUUGGUAAACUACCCGAACGUCCUCAGAGGGCCGAAGGGGUAGUCAACCAGCAGGAUACAGAUGUUGAACGACGCGCUUAA